CGGUGUAGGCCUAUAGUAUAGGUAGACAGUGGUGUGGUAGUAGACAGUAGUGUUGAGGCCGACACACACACAACAUGAUCAGCGCCGUGCUGAUGCUGAUGACGUCACUCGUGCUGACCAACCCUGCUGCUGCCAACUCCCGCGCCAUGGAGAAAAUGAACACUAUGGCACUGCUGAACAUGUACGGGUGGAGAUCUGAAGAGCACAGAAUCACCACAGAGGACGGCUACAUACUUCCACUGCACAGGAUAGUGAGCAAGAAGAGCAAGAACAAGAAGCCUCCAGUGUUACUACAACACGGCAUCCUCGGGGCCUCGGACAUGUGGAUACUGAGAGGCUCUGACAAAGACUUGCCUUUUGUACUGGCCAAGGCAGGUUACGAUGUGUGGCUAGGGAACGUCAGGGGAAACAACUACUGCAAGACUCAUGUAACAAUGAACGAUACAAUGGACGACUUUUGGGACUACAGUUUCCAUGAGAUGGGGUACUACGAUGUCCCUGCAAUGAUCGACCACAUCCUAGCAACGACGGGUCACAAGCAGCUGUUCUACAUCGGCCACUCCAUGGGCACAACAAUGUUCUACACCAUGUGUGUGUCUCGGCCAGAGUACAACAACAAGAUACGAGGCAUGUUUGCGCUCGCGCCCGUCGCAUACAUGUCUCAAUUCCCUGCUUUCCUCAAGCAGAUGGCCAAAUAUCGAUACCAGCUUUGGGAGAUGUUUAUCAAGCAGGGUAUACACCAGGUGUGGCCCAAGAUGCCGUGGUUAUCCACAGUAGAGGCUAAUCUGUGUAGAGACGGCUCUCCACUGCAGUCUGUCUGUGUAGAGAUAGUCUUCUCUAUUACAGGCUGGGACUACAAACAGUUCAAUAAGAGCAUGCUGCCAACUAUGAUAGAACAUCUGUCCAGCACCAACCCCAGAACUCUCGCUCACUAUGCUCAAAAUGUUGACUCAGGGCGGUUCCAAUGGUUUGACUACGGACCGACAAACAACCUCAAGGUUUACGGCAACACAGAAGCGCCUGAGUACGACCUCUCACUAGUCACAGCUCCAGUAUCCAUCCACUACAGCACCAACGAUAACCUGUCUUCUGAGAAGGACGUUAUGAAGAUAGUCAAAAAACUUCCGAAUGUCAUCGGAGUGUUCAAAGUUCCCUACAAGAUGUUCAACCACAUUGACUACUUGUGGGGAAACAAUGCUAAAACUAUCCUCUACAAAGACAUAAUACACCUCAUGAACAGGUUGUAA